GAUGUCGCUUGAUGUUGACAGAUUGUUCACCAGGACUUGGCAGCAAGAAAUAUUCUGGUUGGUCGAUUUCCACAGGAGUGCAAGAUUGCAGAGUUCAGUCUGGCAGUUGAUCUGUCCAAUACAGGAGCUGAGAAGUGUAAGAGAGCAAGAGGGAACCCUGGCAUCCCGUUCCGCUGGUACCCACCGGAAUUCUUUACUGAAGGGAUUUACUCCCUGCACGGGGAUGUCUGGGCUUUCGGCAUCCUGCUCUGGGAGUUGGAGACUUUGGGUAGUUCCCCGUACCCAGAGUUUGAGACUGCUGAGCAGGUGGUGCUGAACGUUUGCUCUGGAUAUAAAAUGAAGAAGCCCUCACAGUGUCGAGAUGAGAUUUAUGAGUUGAUGGAUUUUUGUUGGACAGAGAGACAUGACGAGCGGCCAACGUUCAAUGACAUCAUGAAGUACCUGGAGGAUUUGGUCGAGAAUGAUGCAGAUUACAUUCAGGUGGAAGACUGUAUUGAGGAAUGUCAGGUGGUUAACUCCAUUCCCUGGGCCCUGCCUCAUUCUGCCUGUCCAAAACACCUAUGUUCGGGGCUGGCUUGACUCAGUAUGAAACAGUGCUGCAUGCGUUUGGGGGAAAAGAUUGACAAAUGGGCUAAUCAUUAAAUUCUUGAUGCCUCAG